UAUUUGCCGUGCUGUGAUUGGUUGAUCCUCCCCGUGUUGCGUUCAGGUUCAUCCCCGCUAACGCCCCUCAGAGGAGGCCUCUGAUUGGUCCGCUCCGGAGCCCCCCCCCCCCCCCCUCACUCCUCCCGUCCUGCCGAGCAGAGAGCCUCAAACAUCGGCCACGAUCUCUCCGAGCACCGGUUAUCUCUCUCUGGACGUUUGUACCGUGUUUGGGUUGGACCCGUCCUGUUCGGUAACAUCUGGAGAGACACAGCUGGUCACGUUGUUUCCAAAGCCCGCCUCUCUUCCUCUUCCUCCGGGCAUGAGUGCAGAGUCAGGCCGAGAGAUCGUCUGAGUUCACCGGAGCGAAACAACCAACAAAAACACGUUUGUCUUCAUUUAGCUUCAAAAAGAGCGCGAACCUUAACGGAACCUCCUCGUGUGUCUGCUGACGGUUAGAACCGGACCAUGGUGACUCUGACAUCCGCGCUCCGACCUCUGGCUUCUCCGCUCCGGAGGCUGGUCGGACACGCCGGGACUCAGCGCCUGACGCCCGGCAGGAGAUGCAGCCUGACGGCGUGCUCCAGCAGAUAUGUCCUGUCUCAGAUGCAUCCCAUGUGGCAGGGGCCGCUCGCGGUACCCGGAGGCGACCGCCAGUCUCCCAUCGACAUCGUCGUGCGAAAGAGCGUCUUUGACUCGCAGCUGAAGCCUCUGGUGACCGACUACGACCCGCAGACCUGCCAACAGAUCUGGAACAACGGUUACUCCUUCCUGGUGGAGUAUGACGACACUUCGGACAAGUCCACGCUGAAAGGGGGACCCCUGCAAGACAAGUUCAGGCUGUGCCAGUUCCACUUCCACUGGGGCGAGAGCAACGCCUGGGGGUCGGAGCACACGCUGGACCGGAGGCUGUUUCCUGCAGAGCUCCACUUGGUCCACUGGAACUCUGACAAGUACAGCUUGUUCGAGGAAGCAGUGAUGGAGGACAAUGGACUGGCUGUUAUUGGAGUCUUUCUAAAGGUGGGGAAACGUCACGAGGGGCUGCAGAAACUGGUCGACGCUCUGCCCGCCAUCAGACACAAGGACAGUGUGGUGGAGUUCACCAGGUUCGACCCCGCCUGUCUGUUACCCUCCAACACCGACGAUUACUGGACGUACCACGGCUCUCUGACCACGCCUCCUCUGACCGAGUCCGUCACCUGGAUCGUCAUGAAGCAGCACAUCGAAGUCAGCCACGACCAGCUGGCCGUCUUCCGGAGCCUCCUGUUCACGUCGGCAGAGGAGGAAGUCCAGAAGAGCAUGGUGAACAACUUCCGCGUCCAGCAGCCUCUCUGCGGACGCACCGUCCGCUCCUCCUUCACCCCGUUCCUGCAGGAGGCGCCGCCGUCGGCCGACAACAAACACUGACGCUGUCGGACCCAGUACACACCGACACGCCGUCUCACAUCAGAACUACCUUUGUGUUCUUCCUGCCGUUUCUCAGCCACAUUCGAAGCAGGAAACAUGUUUUUAAGUAUGAGAAUUAUUAUUACAAACAUCGUAGGGACGCUUUUAAAUUCUUCUUCCAGAAUAAGGGAUGGUUGCUGUGGGUAAAAUAAGUUUUAUUGAUUUUUAUUGACAUGAAUCUAUUUAUUAGACGUUUACGAGCAGAGUGCUGCUCUUUAAAGCCCAGGAAGUUUGAACAGACCGGAGUAAUGUGUGAUACAAUCACCACCAUCAUCGUCACGGUGGGUUGUUGGGGUUGAUUUUAUCAUUAAUUGGAUGAAUGUUUUCUUAAUCUGUUAUGAAGAGAUUACACUGUAUGCAGUACGUCUUUGUUUUUGUUUUACAGUAUGUGAAACAUCAUCUGAGUUUUAAAGGAACUCGGUUCUUCUACGCAGAAUCUUUUUAAACACGCACAAACUGUAGCACAUACAUGCAUUUUACAGCCGUUUCAUACCGUACCCACAGUGCCUUAAACGUUCGUCGAGCAUGAAAAGCAUCCACGAAGCUGUUCGUGUGCGUUCAGACAAGAUCAGGCGCUACGGCGAGAACGAGCGUCUAAAUCUGAGUCUGACCGCAAUUUACGCUGCGAAAUAGAAACACGGAGAAGUUUAAUUUGGUUUGAGUGAGCGAGCGCCGGCGUCGAUUACAGCCGUUUAAUCUGAGAAAUAAAAACUUAUUUCCUGAUUGAUUCAAGGCGACACACCGCCAUACGGACCCGAUCCGGUCUGAAUGCAACCGUCGAUGCUCAGGUGACAUUUAUCACUCCUCACUACACAUCUGUUAGGAAAUGACGAAACGUAACGUUGCACUUCCACUAAACCUGGAAACUUUCAGGUCAGACCAGUCUGUGUCUUUCAUUCAUAGUCUGUCUGGUUUAGUUUAGCUUUGGGUCGGGAAGAGGCCGUAAAGAUGACUUCAUUACACACACACAGGAUACCGACAUGAUUGGACUUUCUGGGACCAACUGCAGCCUCGUGGAUCAUCUCGUCCGUCUGACGCAACCAAACUCUCGUUUAGCUUUACUCUCUGUAUUCUGAGACAAACGGACAGCAGCUUUUUGAUUUUAACGCACGUUAAACGACGAUCUCUCCGCGAUCGCAGACAGAAAUGAUAAGCGCCGGCUCUACUGUAUAAAACACCGCUUCCAGACGUGGUGACGCCUCGACAUGUCCAUGGGCUCGCCUCUUUUGUUGAGGCAUAGUAGUCUGUGAAGAUCCAGAGAAAUGUCGGAAACAUUGUCCUAAAAUAUUCACUUGAAGCGGCCACAUGACUCAGAAAACAUCCCAUUUGACUUAAAACUACACCUGUACUGCGACUUAUACAUGAUCCAGAGCUGUAAAAGCUUCACGCUAAGGUGAAUAAAGCCCUCUGUGUGUGUUUUCUUACUAAAUCCAACGAGCAGACACCAAGUCUGAACUAAGAGCGAGCUCCUGCAACCUUGCAUCAUCUAAAAGAAGUCUGGCAGCCGGCCUGCGCUGGCUCGUGUCCAACAGUCGGCUGAAAUGUUGAAACUAUGCAGCAAUGUUGGAAAGAGAAGCAGAAAACCGACAUUACCACGUGUGAAAGCUGAGUUGGGGGGCCGCGGUGAGAGGUCACGGUUAAUCCCCUGAGCAUCAAUACAAACUGUCCAAACUGGUCCCCACGUCCUCUUUUGAAAUCGCCGUUCCUCCCCUCAGGAGGUCGUCCAUUGGCUCCCUUCGGUUGGGGCCGCGCCCUGAACAUUAACGCGCCGUGAAGGCUGCUGAUUCGUUAGAUAAACUCUGAAGGGGCCGCCGCUGACGGGAAUCGAUAGCAGGUUUGAGAACUUUUUUUUUCCGGUGUGGGAACGUGUUAGGAAUGUUGCGUGAUCGCUUCUCGCUGCAACACGCGACGAUCUACAUUCAGUGUUUUGUACUAACGUGGAGACAAGGGACCCUGUGCUGCCUUCAUCUUGUGUUUUAUUGAUGUUUUUUUAGCCGUGCCUUCGUGUUUCACGUCAUUUUACUCAUGUUGUUUUUUAUGCCUUUCUUUUUAUGAUCAAACUAUGCCAGUUCAAAUGUUCAGUCUGUGGAAAAUGUUUGUCGUCUUGUGGAUGUUUUCCUGCAGCCUUUUUCUCGUGUGAUGCCUCCUGUAGCUCGGCGUGGUGUUUUAGCAGGUGCAUGCUGUAACACUGUGUGCACUUUAGCUGUUUAUUUGUCCAGUGGGCAGCUGACAUUCCUGCCGCACAGGGCUUCACUAGGCCUUUUCUUUUUUUUUUGCUCCACCUGAAUGGUUUCUUAUAGGCCGCUUCCUCCUCCUCCGCCCAGCUGUGCAACCAGGAAUAGACCCCUGCUCCUCAGAGGGGAAUGUUAAAAAAUGAUGCAGAUGUAAAGAUGAUUUCAAAGAAACUGACAUUAAUAAAUGAUGUGUGAUGUAA